CACUCUGGCCCGGCACUCGGUGGUGCGGGAGCGGGAGCAGGAGGGCGCAGCGGCCGCUCUGGUCGGCGGCGGACUUUCUGCUCGCCUGCUCGCCUGCCUCUGCCGUGCAGUCCCGGAAGGAAGCGAGCGCAGCAGCGAUGGCGGAGAGUCCGACCGAGGAGGCGGCGACGGCGGGGGCCGGGGCGGCGGGGCCCGGGGCGAGCGGGGUGGCCGGAGUCGUCGGCGUGAGCGGCGGCGGCGGCGGCUUCGGGCCGCCUUUCCUGCCGGAUGUGUGGGCGGCGGCGGCGGCGGGCGGGGCCGGGGGUCCGGGCAGCGGCCUGGCCCCCCUGCCCGGGCUCCCGCCCUCGGCCGCUGCCCACGGGGCCGCCCUGCUGAGCCACUGGGACCCCACGCUCAGCUCCGACUGGGACGGCGAGCGGACCGCGCCGCAGUGUCUCCUCCGGAUCAAGCGGGAUAUCAUGUCCAUUUAUAAGGAGCCUCCUCCAGGAAUGUUCGUUGUUCCCGAUACUGUUGACAUGACGAAGAUUCAUGCAUUGAUCACAGGCCCAUUUGACACUCCUUAUGAAGGGGGUUUCUUCCUGUUCGUGUUUCGGUGUCCGCCCGACUAUCCCAUCCACCCACCUCGGGUCAAACUGAUGACAACGGGCAAUAACACAGUGAGGUUUAACCCCAACUUCUACCGCAAUGGGAAAGUCUGCUUGAGUAUUCUAGGUACCUGGACUGGCCCUGCCUGGAGCCCAGCUCAGAGCAUCUCUUCUGUUCUCAUCUCCAUCCAGUCCCUGAUGACUGAAAAUCCGUAUCACAAUGAACCUGGCUUUGAGCAGGAGAGACAUCCAGGAGACAGCAAAAAUUACAAUGAAUGUAUUCGGCAUGAGACCAUUAGAGUGGCAGUCUGUGACAUGAUGGAAGGAAAGUGUCCCUGUCCUGAACCUCUACGAGGGGUGAUGGAGAAGUCCUUCCUGGAGUAUUAUGACUUUUAUGAGGUGGCCUGCAAAGAUCGCCUUCAUCUUCAAGGCCAGACUAUGCAGGACCCUUUUGGAGAAAAGCGGGGCCACUUUGACUAUCAGUCCCUCUUGAUGCGCCUGGGCCUGAUUCGUCAGAAAGUGCUGGAGAGGCUGCAUAAUGAGAAUGCUGAAAUGGACUCAGACAGCAGCUCAUCUGGGACAGAGACAGACCUGCAUGGGAGCCUGAGGGUUUAGACCCUACUUCCCUCUCCCCUGUCCCUUGAGAGAGAGUGCCAGAAGAGUCCCUUCCCCCACCCCAGGGAUGGAGAGGCGCUGUGUAUCUCCCUCCAGAUGUGAUGUCAUCCGCAAGAUGGCAAGAACCAAACCAGUUGGAUCCCAGGGCAGGGGAGUGGGAAGGCAGGUCUCAAUCUGACUGCCUAGGCUCUCAGGCAUCUGGGGCCAUGUUCAUCCCACCUCAGGGGCCGUGCUCCCAGUUCCAGGAGCACCCUGAGCAGUGGCCUCUGGCAAAAAACAACAACCAACGCACCUCUCCACCAGACCAGCUCCUUAGGGAUGGGUGGGAGACAAAUUGCCGUUCCGAAAGGGAGUGUGCCCAGUUUAGGGGGCUAUCUGGAAGGGAGCUUGGGGUGGGGGGCUGUCUGUGAUACUUACACAGUCUGGGUGGUUGUCUGUCUGUCUGUCUUCAGUCUUGAAGCGGAGCUCCCCAUGCCCUUUCCCUCCUUGUCUCUUCCCAUGUUCUUUCCCACAGGCCAGCAUAAUUGGUUUUCCUAAUUUAUAGUCACUGUUCUAGACAGACCAAAGAGAUGGAACAGUGGUGGAGUCUAGGCUGCUGAUAAGUAAGCUUUACCUAGCACCUGAGCACCUUUCUCCUCUGCCCCCCUUUCCUCGCCCAAUUUGAGAU